ACGUUGAUCUAUCGUCAUCAACGAGUGACGCCGUGACGGUCUAAGGGAGGCCACCGGCGUUUCUGUACCACCCACGAUCGACAGUCGCAGAUUAGGCUUCUUCGUAACCGACUUGACUGCCGUAGCUGCUUCUGGUCCUGGAAAUUUUUCAGGCGCAUCUCCACUGCACCAUGGUCAGCCGCAUCUCCACCAUUUCUCUUUCUAUAGAGAAGGAGACUAAGGAUCAUGGCACCAAGGAAGAUACCGCAGAUUUUGAGAAAGCCAUGGAAAUAUGCGGUAAUGGAAGAUAUCAAUAUACUUUCCUGCUGGUUUGCGGCGUGAUAUUCAUCUGCGUCGGCUGUCAAUUUGGGGCGAGCGCGUAUAUCCUACCGUCAGCCGAAUGUGAUCUAAACAUGAAAUCCGAAGAGAAAGGACUGUUAAAUGUCGCCUUUCUUGCAGGCUCGGUGUUCAGCGCACUUUUCUGGGGAGUCUUCGCAGGUGCCUAUGGAAGAAGAAAUAUUCUGCUGAUAACUCUCUUCGGCGACAGUAUCGUUACGCUGAUCACGAGUUUCUUGCAAAAUUUUGAGCUGCUGCUAGCGUUCAGAGUUAUAAGCGGAUUCUUAAUGGGCGGACCCGGUUCCUUGGUAUAUAUGUAUCUCGGCGAGUCCCACGCGGAAAAAUAUAGAGCGAAGAGCAUCUGUUACCUAGGCUUUUUCUUCACUCUAGCUUGGUUAAUAUUACCUGGUUUAGCGUGGAUAAUAAUACCAUUGCCGAUAUCCUUCAAUUUUUACGGUAUUCAGUAUAAUUCUUGGAGAUUAUUCCUUGGCGCUAUCAGCAUACCAACUUUCAUUAUUGCCGUAAUAAUUUUAACGUAUCCGGAAAGUCCAAAAUUUCUGGUGUCGCAAGGCAAGACUGACGAAGCUCUCGCGAUUCUUCAAACAAUUUAUGCGGUGAAUACAGGACGUGAUAAGAACGAGUUUCCGGUGAAGGAACUCCUCUCCGAUGCCGUGUUCGAAGUAGAAAAGGACAAGGCGCCAUUGUCUUCUUCGUCGGACAUGCUGAUGAAAUUGUUAAAAAAUAUUUGGUGGCAAUUGCGCACAACUGCAACGCCACCUAUCUUAAAGUACGCUUCUCUCUUGUGGCUAAUUUAUUUCACGAAUAUGUUUGGGUACUACGCUUUUAAUCUCUGGCAACCGGAAUUGUUCAAUCGCUUCGAGAACUAUCAUCAAUCGCAUCCGAAUGUAUCGGUGACGGUCUGUGAACUAAUACAUGAGUCGCAGACAUUAAAUCAGACUGUUCCAGAGGAAUCGCUCCCGCUUUUAACGAGCAAAGGCACUAUGGAAUGCAAGCCGCACGUAGAUGAACGGGUGUUCAUUAAUUCUCUGAUAAUCAACGCCGUUUGCUUGUUCGGCAAUGUCGCCUCUGGAUAUCUAGCAAAUAGAGUUGGUCGUCGAACAAUGCCAGUGACCACAAUGAUGGUAGCUGGCAUCGCUAGCUUCGCUAUGUACUUUGUGAGAUCCUCGCUGCAGAUCCUUAUAACUGCCUGCGUGUUCACUCUGAUGGCAGCCACGGCAAAUUUCGUGACUGUCAGCGUUGCGGUCGACAUCUUUCCUACGCACGUGUCCGCCGCCGCGGUGUCCAUGAUGGUGUGCUUGGGAAGGUUCGGCGCGGUGACGAGUAAUCUCGCGUUCGGUAUGCUGCUGGAUCUUAGCUGCGAGAUCCCUAUAUUCCUGGUGGCUGGUAUCACCACAUUUGGCGGAUUGUUAUGCUUCCUGAUACCGAGUAACGAAAAGAAAUAAAUGUCGACGUUCGUGGAAGAAACAGAC